GCGAUACCCUUCUCUCUCUAUUAUUUACAUAUUUUCGUAUUUUAAUCUAUAUUUAUGUAAUUAUAAAUUCGUGUAUAAAUACACAUCCAUCAUUAUACCUAUGUUAUGCUAAUUCUGUUCAGUUUCUAGUUAAUCGGUGAGAAGGGUGUGUGAAGCAAAGACUGAAAAUGGACCAUCAUGAGCAUGUGGAGGAGGAGGAGGAGGAGGAGGAGGAGGAGACUGUGACUCCGGUUGCAAAUUCUGGGAGGAGGAACGGAGGAAGUGAAAGAUUCCGGUACAAGGAGUGCUUGAAGAACCAGGCAUUCAGCAUUGGCAGAGAGGCUCGAGACGGAUGUGGAGAGUUCAUGCCGGCCGGUGAUGAAGGCACCUUGGAGGCUAUGAUUUGCGCCGCUUGCAGCUGUCACCGGAACUUCCACCGAAAAGUACUUGAGGUGCAACCACAACAGUACUACCAAGCUCCGUUUCACCACCACCAGAUGGCACCGCCGCCGUUUUAUUGCCACCACAACCCUGCUGGAUACCUGAAUGUGAUGAGAUCUCCGCCAUCUCACCACCAGCGUCCGCUUGCUAUACUGCCUACAUCAAGGAACGAUGUUGAAGACAUACCAAACCCUAGCUCUAGCGGAGUUGGUUCCAAAAAGCGGUUUCGUACGAAAUUCACCCAGUAUCAGAAGGAUCGGAUGCUGCCGUUCGCGGAGGCGUUAGGGUGGCGCAUUCAGAAAGAAGAUGAGGCUGUCGUACAGCAAUUCUGCGAUGAAACAGGCAUCAGUCGUCAAGUUCUAAAGGUCUGGAUGCACAACAACAAGUAUACACUCGGUAAAAGGCCCUAGUUAUUCACAGUUGGAUGAAACAGAAGUGAUUUCAUCUCAAGUUCUAGAGAUAAGUUAGGGUGGUUUUCUUUUUCAUAAGGUUUUCAUCGAUCAUGAUCUGAGAUUUCUCAGUCUAGAUCGAACUAUAUCUAAAAUUAGGUAAUUGUGCUUCAUUCGAAGCUAGAGAUGGUAGAAUAUUUUAAUCAAGACGUAAUGAUUUGGUGUUGAAUUUUCGGAGUUGAUAAUCGUUGAUUGUUGUUUGUUGGCGUAUAUAGA